CUGUCCUCUCUCACUCUCCCCUCUAAGCUAAGCUAUUGAUUGAGCUAUAUAAAUCAAACUCCAGUUGUCUUCCCUUUUUCCUUGAAAGGGAAAGCCAUUAAUGUUUACUCAAAUCUGCCUGCCCUAGAAAUAAACACACUACCAUUCCUACAACAACUACCACUAUUACUUGUAGAGUUCUAGUACUAUGAGUAGUACUAUUCUUAGAAGGCAGUAGUUGUACUGUUCCUAAAAUAGAAACAUGGGAUUCAUUCCUUAUAAGUUAUACUAUCCCUCAAAUCUUUCUUAACCCAUGCAAAUUCAACCUCUUCAACUCUUUAUAAUUAUACCCUUUUCAAAACCCUAGAUCUUUUUUUUUUCUUUUUUUUAUUGGACCACAAAUUUGAUUUUUAGCUAAGAUGGAUUUUAUGAUGAAUAGUAAUAAUCCUAUCUACAGCUAUAGUGGAGAUGGAGAUGGAGGUGUAGGUGGAGGUGGAGGUGGAGGUGGAGGUGGAAGUGGGAGUUCUUUUACUCUAACUACUGGUGGUGGUAAUGGUGGUGGUGGUGGUGGUGGUAGUGGUAGUGGUAGCGUUGGUUCUGUUGUGGGUUCAGAGUCAGGUGGGAGUAGCAACGAGCCGUCCCCACAACGGUCGGUCCAGUCCCUUCCUAGCAGGUACGAGAACCAGAAACGGAGGGACUGGAACACGUUUAGCCAGUACCUGAGAAGCCACCGGCCUCCUCUGCCGUUGUCACUGUGCAGCGGGACUCAAGUGUUAGAGUUCCUGAGGUACUUGGAUCAGUUUGGAAAGACAAAAGUUCACAACCAUGCUUGUCCCUACUUUGGGAUCCCCAAUCCUCCUGCUCCUUGCCCCUGUCCACUUAGACAGGCUUGGGGAAGUUUGGAUGCCCUCGUAGGCCGUCUUCGGGCUGCCUACGAGGAGCAUGGUGGACGGCCCGAGACUAACCCUUUCGGGGCUCGGGCCGUCCGGCUUUACCUGAGGGAGGUCAGAGAUUAUCAGGCUAAAGCAAGGGGUGUUAGUUAUGAGAAAAAGCGCAAGAGACCUCCCCCAAAGAAAAACCCAAUUCAACUUGGUUUACCAACAUUGAAUUAAUAAUAAUCACUUGUGCUAGCUACUCAUUUCUAGUAGGGUUCGUUUUAAAUAAUAAUUAUGCUUCAAAAAUGAAGAUCAUGAUUUCAACUAUAAUGAACUUCAUUCUGCUGUGCUGCUUUUAAUUUUCUUUCUAUUUUUUAUAUUAUUCUCCUUCAAUUCUCUUGGAAGAUCGGCCUUAUCGGACUAUGGAAUCGACGCCGAUCACAACCACAACGAGAAUGAUGAUAAUGAGAUGAUCAAGUCUUCUUUAGUAAGUGUUUUUAUUUACCCUCUACAGUGGCUCUAGCUAGCUUUAUGCUUCACCCUCAGCUACCUCAAGUGUAACUGUAAUACAUAUUUAUACACCUAUAAUUGCAAAACUAUUACUACUUUUUAUUUUUUCAAAGACCAUAAUAUCGUUAUUUGAUGAUGAGUUUUAAGUAGUAAAUAAUUAAUUAUAUUGGGUUUGUUUUUAUGACAUAAGAUGUGAUGAUUCA